UACGUUAAGAUAAACGUUCUUAUUUCCUCCAUUAUAGAAAAUUACCUUCAAUAUCUACUUUUUUUUUUUCCUCUUAAAACAUUUCUGUCUAUCUGGCUCUCUUAAUGUGCGUUUAGCGUUAUAUCAUUCAUUUGUAAGUACAACUUUCCGUCCUUUUCUAUGCGUAGCACAUACAUUUGGAUGCUUCGAACGGGGUUAGGUGAUAAAAAGGAAAAGAAGUAGGGGAAGAAGAGGAACAGGAGGAGAAGGAGAAGGAGAAGGAGAAGGAGAAGGAGAAGGAGAAGGAGAAGGUGGUGGUGCAGUUGGGGAAGGAGGAGAAGGAAGAGGUAGUAGUGGAAUAGGAGGAGAAGGAGGUGGAGAAUAAACGUGUAAUUUUGCGAAUGUGCGCCUUUCUCUUCUUCGCGGUGCAAAUAAUCCGUGAAAAACGAUGUCAGAUCCCAUAGCCACAGACAUGAUCGACGGCAUCUGGCCAUUUUUAAAGAGCAUCGAUUGGAGAGAUCCAUGGCUAGCUUUGUUAUUAACUUUUCAUAUUGCUGUUACAAUGACAGCUCUGAUGACACGAAAUCAUGCUAAUUUUCAAAUCAUCUUGUUCCUUGUAUUAUUACUUCUCGUUUACUUCACUGAAACCAUCAAUGAAGUAGCUGCAACAAAUUGGAUGGUAUUCUCAAGGCAACAGUACUUUGAUUCUAAAGGACUAUUUAUAUCAAUAGUUUUCUCUACACCUAUUUUGAUGAAUUGCAUGAUCAUGGUGGCUAGUUGGCUAUAUCAAUCCAGCCAAUUGAUGACAAGUCUGAAAAGAGCACAACUGAGACAGCAAGCCAAAAAUAGGCAGUCCAAUGGUGACUUGUCAAAUGCAAAUGAUAAUACAAAUCGACAGAAACAAGAAUAAAACCGAUAACAUCUAGUCAAGCAAUGAAUUAUGAUUAUAAGUAUAUGCAUUAAGCAUCACUAUAAGGCAAAAAAUAUAGAAAUAAGUGAUAGACUUACAAAUAGAUAGAAGUCUGCAUUUUCAUGUAAUCCCUUAAAUCUGAAAAAUACCCUGGAGGUGUAAUUCUUUCUUAGCUAUUGCCAAUUAAUUGGGAGUGUAAUUUAUAUUGAUACUGCCUAGUCAAUAUAAUGAUGACUUGUAUUUUCAGACUUUCAGUAUUGUGCAAGUAUAAUUCGAAUACAUUAAAAGGAAACAUAAUGUACAAGUAAAAAAUAAUCUAAAUCAACUACACAAAAGCAGAAUUGAAGGUCAUGAUAAAACUUAGGUAAUAUUAAAAGUCUGAAUUUAUAGAUUGGUCCAAACUAAUGACAUUAUUUUAUAUUAAAGUACAUUCCUACAGCUUUCUCCUUUUUCUUACCAAUUAAUUUAUCAUAAAAUAUUGAUAAUAAGACAAAGUGUUCUUAAUGCAAAAUCAUGUACUUAUUAUUGCAACAGAUCGCUUUUAAUGCAAGACUAUGGUCUAGAAGUAAAGGCAUAAUUAGAUGAUUACAAGUUAUGUAAUAAAGUAUGUAUGCAUUAUGUAUAUCUGUGUGUGAAAAAUCAUGUUAAAAUGUACGUAUGCUUUACGAAUGCGUGAAUAAAUGCUUUUGAAAUCAAAA